AUGAGAUCCUCGCUGUUCGCCGGCGCCCUGUCAGCGCUGGCCGCGCUGCUGCCCACCGCUUCCGCCGAGCGCCUCAUUGAGUCCAAGUCGCUCAACCCGUGCAUGGCCAACUCCAGCUUCUCCGCAACCCUCUUCAACGUCGUCUUCACCCCCGACAACGCCACCCUUUCCUUCAACAUUGUCGGAGUCUCGGAUAUCUCUGGAAAUGUCACCGCCGACUUGGAGGUCUUCGCCUAUGGUUUCCGUGCGCUGCAAAAGACGUUGGAUCCCUGUGACAGCGCCGAUUUGAAGGGUCUCUGCCCCAUGAACACUGGCCAGAUCAACAUCAAGUCGAACCUGCCCCUUGAGGCCGACGCCAUCGAAAACGUCCCCAACAUUGCCUACACUGUCCCCGAUCUCGACGGUAAGGUCCAGAUUUACAUCAACGACACUGAUACCGGCCGCCCGCUUGCCUGCGUCGAGGCCGAACUGUCCAACGGAAAGACCGUCUACCAGAAGGGUGUCGGUUGGGUCACUGCUGUCAUUGCCGGUUCUGGUCUCGCGGCCUCGGCCAUCACAUCCGGACUCGGACACUCCAACACUGCUGCCCAUGUCGCUUCGAACGCGCUCUCGCUUUUCGGCUAUUUCCAGGCCCAAGCUUACAUCGGCAUGACUGCUGUGGAGCUCCCCCCUAUUGUCGCCUCGUGGACGCAGAACUUCCAAUGGAGCAUGGGUAUCAUUCACGUUCGCUUCCUGCAGGAGAUGGCCACCUGGUACCAGCGCGCGACCGGAGGAACCCCCUCGACCGUGCUUUCGAGUCUGGCGACUACUUCCGUCGAUGUGCAGAAGCGUUCGCUUGAUGUUGCCAAGAGGUUUGCCAAGCGCGCUUUGAUCGGGCGAAGCAACAACGAGGUCAAUCAGGCCGAGACCACUAGCACCGUUACGGUUCAUGGCAUUGAGAGAGUUGGUUUCCGCGCCAACAUCGAGCUCACCAACAUCUUCCUGACUGGAUAUGCCUUCUUCAUCAUCUUCGUCAUCGUCGUCGUCUUGGGCGUGGCCCUCUUCAAGGGAUUCCUCGAGCUUCUGGCCAAGAAUGGAAAGAUGUCUGGCACGAAGUUCCAGGAGUUCAGGAACGGUUGGUUGACCGUCCUGAAGGGAAUCCUCUUCCGCAUCGUCCUGAUCGGUUUCCCUCAAAUGGUUGUGCUCUGCUUCUGGGAACUUACAAUGAAGGACUCGGCUGCGGAAAUCGUUCUCGCCAUCUUUACGAUCGUCACGAUGGUUUGCAUUCUCGGGUGGGCCUCUUCCAAGGUCAUUCGCAUUGCGCAAAGAUCCAUCUCGAUGCACAAGAACCCGGCCUACAUCCUGUACUCGGACCCGGUCUCGCUGAACAAGUGGGGCUUCCUUUACGUCCAGUUCAAGGCCACGGCCUACUACUUUAUCGUGCCUGUCCUGUCCUUCACUCUGGUCAAGGGCAUGUUCAUUGCCCUGGGACAGGGAAGCGGAACUACUCAGGCGAUCGCACUGGUUCUCCUCGAGGCGGGUAUGCUUAUUGCGGUCAGCAUUCUGCGCCCGUACAUGGACAAGAAGACGAACGCGUUCAACAUUGCCAUCUCGGCGCUCAACUUCCUUAGUGCCAUUUUCCUCCUGGUUUUCACGGGCAUUUUCAACCAACCGGGACUCGUUACUGGUGUCAUGGGCGUGAUCUUUUUCGUCUACAACGCCGUGUUCGCGCUCGUUCUGCUCAUCAUGGUCCUUGCGUCGUCGUAUUUCGCACUUACCUCCAAGAACCCCGACACCCGUUACCAGCCCAUGCGCGACGACAGGGGUUCGUUUAUCAAGUCUCAGACGCAACUCACGACGGAGCUCGAUGCGUUGGGAGCGACUGCGCGUGGCGAAGGAAAGACGGGGCCGUACAAGCGCACCGGCAUCGACGACGACGACGAGGAGUCGUUUUCGUCGGGAUCGCACAACCAGCCGAAGGGCGCUGAGGCGGGCUACUAUGGUGCUCCGCGCAGCCCCGUGGACCCAUCGGUACCCAUGUUCCCGGCCAACGGAGACAACAGGACAGGCCCGCCGCCGUCGUACGCAUCACCCAAUGGCCCGGGCGGCGACAGGUUCAGAACACAGAACAACGCCAGCCCGUGGCAGAGAGGUGCCGGCUACGACCAUUGA